AUGAAAACAACAAAAGUGAUCGCUUUCGUUCUACUGAUUACUUUUAUACAAAUACAAACCACCUACAGCGAUAGUCAACAAAAUACUGAGAACGAUGCUUCAAUUUCAGAUACUAAACUUAAAGAAAUUGUAGUUAAUAUUACUAAGAAGUUUGACAAGCGAAUUAUUGACAAUAUUAUUGCUCAAACCGUUGAUGAACUUAGUUCAACGAGAAAUUUGGACGAACUGCCUGAUUUGUUCUGGAGCAUUUAUAAGAAAAAUGACUUGGAACGCUUCGAUAUUAUGUUGCGCUUUCAAAUUCAACUAUACAACAGUUUUAGUGGUCGGAAAUCUUCAAAUGAAAAAGCAUUUUUACAAAACUAUGCUUACAGAUUGCAUAAAAUAAAGAACGAAUAUUUAUAUAGUGCAGUAAAUAUGACUUUGCAAUCAUAUAUAAACAACAUAGAGUACAAGUUGCCUGAAAAUUUAAAAUAUAUAUACUUUGCUCCGUAUUUCUGUCUACUAAAUAUGAAAUUCCAGACCUAUAUUUACACAGCGGUUGAUCGUAAAUUAGAUCCAUUUAGUCGCUACAUAUGGAUGUGGUUUGAAAAUCAAUCUAUGGAUGAUACGGGCUUCAUAAAAGCCAAUGUUUUAGAGUAUAAUUCAUAUUAUGAAAAAAAAUUUAAAGUUACUCUUUUAGGCACUAAAUAUCAAUUGUAUUAUUACAUGAAACCAGAUACACAUAUUAUUGCCGGUUGGGAUACUGUUGGCAGCCCUUCAAAUCAUGUUUGGGACAUUGAGUUUGUGGAUAAUAAUCGUGUAGUAUUUUCCCAAAAUGAUUACUUAAUGUGUGGUGUGGAACCGUACGACAAUGAGAGACGUAAUGUUGGUGGACGUAAGAGAGGCGAAGUUUCGUCAAGCAGCACUGAAUGUCAGUGGCGUUUAGGAGAGUGUUUGUUUAAGUGA